GAUGAAUUUGAUGAAUUUGAAGAGAGUGGUCCCUCGUUUCUGUAUCGUGGUGAAUUUUAUCCAGAUGAUUUGUAUGUAGAUGAACCUUACCUAAAUGAGGAUGAAUCUUACCUGAAUCAAGACGAAUCAUACCAAGAUGAAUCGUAUCAAAAGGAUACGUACCAAGAUAAAUCACACCCUGAUGAAUCAUACCAAGAUAAAUCACAUCCUGAUGAAUCAUACCAAGGUGAUCCACAUCAAGACAAAUCUUGUUCAAAUGAAUCGUCAUCCCAAGCAACUUAUAAUGAAACCUCUAAAAAUGACGG